AUGAUUUCCACAAGAUCAGCAGCUAGACUACCACUGUCUCAGGGCAGACUUGCUCUGCGCGUUCCGAAGCGCCAACCCAUUCGUUUCCAGUCCACCUCAUCUGCAUCUUCAUCAUCAUCAAAAGCCGCAGCAGAAGGCAGUAGCUCGCUUGGAGCUGGCAUCGUUGGCGGCGUGGUUGGAGCGGCGCUUUUCUACGGAAUCUACUCUUUCACGCCCGCUGGUCGGACGGCUAGCAAGCUCAACAAGGCCGUGAAAGAGGCUGAGAAGAAGUACCAGGAAGCCGCGAAGAAGCUGCAGGCCAACACUCCGAGCCCUUCAGAGGCCGUCGAUCACAUCAAGCAGUUUGCCUACUCCUACGUUGGAUGGAUACCCGGUGGUCGUGGCUUCGUCGAUGCGGCAUUCCAAGAUUGGGAGACUGUGAGGAAGGAGCACGCUGAGGAGGCAGAUAAGAUUGUCAACGAUGCGUACAAGAAGUUCCAGGACAUUGCCAAGUCGGGCCUGAGUCUUGAGACCGCGUCGCGUGCCUAUGAUGCUCUUGCGGAUCUGGCAAAGCAGAUUGCUAAUCUCUUGGGAGAAUCCCUCUCAGACAUAAUUGACAAUCAUCCUCAGCUCAAGGAGAAGCUCGGCGGCAACAUUGACCAGCUGAAGCAAUUGGGCGAGCAGUACGGCCCGGAGGCGAAGAAGCAAGUGGACGAGACUUGGAGCCAGGUCAAGGAUAUUCUUGCUGGAGGAUUCAGCGCCGCAAAUCUGGCUAAGGCAAAGCAGCUCAUUGAGGAAAAGACGAAGCAGGUGCAGAAGCUUGGUGACGAGGCGUGGAAGAAGGGUUUGGAAGAGGCGAAGCCGCUUCUAGACAAGAACCCCAAGGUCAAGGAAUUGGUAGAGAAUAAUGCCGAUAUCUUGAAGAAGGGCCAAAUCAAGGAGGUCUUUGACAAGGUGCGCGACGCGGUCAAGUCGGGAGACUUGGGCGAUUUGGAAAAGUACGUCCAGCAGGCCAAGGAGAAGAUUGGGGACAAGGCCAACCAGGCCGGAUGGGGAUCUUUGAAUCAGUAUCUGGACAAGGUGCCCCAGGGUAGCGAGAUUUUGAGCAAGUUGGAGGAGAUGGGCCGCAUCGCGCAGGACCAUAAGGAGGACGGAGAGAAGUUGCUCAAGGAGACGUUGGGGGAUAUUCAGAAGGUGUUGGAAGAGAAGAGCAAGAAGGCAAAGGAGAUUGUCGAUUCUGAGAAGAAGUAG